CUAGGGGUGGCGGAGGGCGUUGCUGUCCGGCAUGUAUUUCCGCUUCCUCCCCGCCCGGUCCUAUUAGGUUGGCCCGGCUUGUUGUGGGGAGGGCGGGGGAAGGUUGUUUGGAGCUUCGCGCACGGUUAGGUAAACUGAGGCAGAGCUGUGCGUGGGGGACCUCUGCGCCCGCCUGUGCCGGAGGUCUGGGGACGGCCUCGGAGCGUUCGCAGGCUGGAGGAGGACGAGAAGGUCCCCAGAGACUUAGCCGCAGCCUCUGCUCGGGCCCAGCCGUCUGUCCCCAGCUGCCACCCCGGCCCGGUGGCGCCUGCCCCCGCCCUCCCGAAUGCUGUGCCUCCUCGCAGGCCUCGGCCCAGGAUCCAGGCCCCCUCUGCUCCCUGCCCCGGAGCAGCCGCGCCCCGUGGCCGGGAGGGGAGCGCUGUGCCGCCAGGGCUGUGGCUGCAGGAACCCCGCUGACGGCUGGAAUCUCCGCCUCCGACCCAGUGCGAGGCCUUCCUGCGCCCCCUUCACCGGCCUCUGAGAAGAGACCCCUCUUGCCACCCGGAGCCCAGGAAGCCUCAAGCUGGGGCCCUGGUCCCAGCAUGUCAGCCCUCUCCUGUGUAUAGGGCUGUGCCCGCGCCCUGUCAGCAUGGCUGAGCUCAGGCCGGUUCCGGGCGGGCGGGAGACCCCUCAGGGGGAGCUGCGGCCGGAGGUGGUGGAGGAUGAAGUCCCUCGGAGCCCAGUCGCGGAGGAGCCCCGCGGGGAUGGAAGUAACAGCAGUGAAGCCAAGCUGUUUCCAGGGGAGGAGGAAGAGCUGGAUCCCAGGAUACAGGAGGAGCUGGAGCACCUGAACCAGGCCAGCGAGGAGAUCAACCAGGUGGAGCUACAGCUGGACGAGGCCAGAACCACCUAUCGGAGGAUCCUGCAGGAGUCGGCGAGGAAGCUUAACACUCAGGGCUCCCACUUGGGGAGCUGCAUCGAGAAGGCCCGGCCCUACUAUGAGGCUCGGCGGCAAGCUAAGGAGGCCCAGCAGGAGACGCAGAAGGCAGCCUUACGGUAUGAGCGGGCUGUGAGCAUGCACAGCGCUGCCCGGGAGAUGGUGUUUGUGGCUGAGCAGGGCGUCAUGGCUGACAAGAACCGGCUGGACCCGACAUGGCAGGAGAUGCUCAACCACGCCACCUGCAAGGUGAACGAGGCAGAGGAGGAACGGCUUCGUGGCGAGCGGGAGCACCAACGGGUAACGCGGCUGUGCCAGCAGGCUGAAGCUCGGGUGCAGGCCCUGCAGAAGACCCUCCGGCGGGCCAUUGGCAAGAGCCGCCCCUACUUUGAGCUCAAGGCCCAGUUCAGCCAGAUCCUGGAGGAGCACAAGGCCAAGGUGACAGAGCUGGAGCAGCAGGUUGCUCAGGCCAAGACUCGCUACUCGGUGGCCCUGCGCAACCUGGAGCAGAUCAGUGAGCAGAUCCACGCGCGCCGCAGGGGCCUGCCCCCUCACCCGCCUGGCCCUCGGCGCUCCUCCCCGGUGGGCGCUGAGGCCAGGCCCCAGGGGGAGGAGGACGGAGACAGUGGGAUCAUUGAGGGGGCUGAGGGCGAGGCCCCAGAAGAGGGCUGCAGCCUGGGGCUUGGUCCUGCCCCUGAUGGGGACACAGCGAGCCUGCUGAGCCUGCGCACCGUGGCCUCAGACCUGCAGAAGUGUGACUCCGUGGAACACCUGCGAGGCCUCUCGGACCACGCCAGUCUGGACGGCCAGGAGCUGGGCACCUGGAGCGGGGGCCGUGGGGGCCGCCACCAGCGCAGCAUCAGUCUGUAGCCCGGCUUAGGUCUGGCGUGGCCCUUACCCUGCAAGCUCCGUCCCGGGGCCCUUGCUUCCCCUGGAGGUCGGGUUGGCUGUGUCUGAUUCUGUCAUUUGUCGUUCUCCCCCCUUCCCCAGUGUUACAGGUGACAGCUCUUUGCCUUACUCCCCAGAAGGCUUACCUCUGGCUCUCACGGUCUGUCCAUUCUCUCUGCUGGCCUCUUUCUAACUUCUUUCCUCUGCCUGGCUUUUCCCUCAGGGACUUGGUCUGGGAAGCACAGGGAACCCCUCUCACAAGGUGGAUGUGGACCUGAAUCCAGCAUCUCGGGCCCCCAGCCUGAGUGGACAGGUGUUCCUCCCAUUUCCCUUCUGAUGAGGGGCCAGAGGGGUGUGGAGGAGCCCUCCUGGCAGCUGGCCCCAUGCUCUGCCAGCCUGCCUGUGUGUCACCUGUAAGAUGUACGGGGGGAGGGGGACUGUGUACCUCAGAGACACAUCCCGUCCCUUCGGCACUCCCUCCCUCCGCAUGGCCUGCGCCGCUCUGCUCUGGGUGCCCCAGAGCAGGACUCGAGGGUGCUGGUGUCAGGAGGGCGGAACCAACCCUGCUGUCAGCACAGGGGCAUCGCCGACUCCACACGGCUCCCAGUGCAUGGUGUUCCCCCAGGAGAGCUGGGCCCUGAACAUUGCCAAGGUGCUAUGGGUCUCUGAUGGGGUCCAUGUUGGCGGUAGAGAUGUUUGAGGUCCUGACGUUAAGGCCUUUGCCAUCCCUGUUGCGGAGUGAGGUUUACCUUUCAGAGGGUUUUGAGCUGGGUCUCGGCCUGUUCCUGCAGGACGGAGUUGGGGGAUUUGGUGCUCCUUCCCCAGCAGUGCCAUACCUACUCCAGGGUCCCUGGGGAACGCGGGAGUGUGGCUGCCCUCGCUGGGGAGGGCCUCCCUCCACAGGAGCAGCUGUAGGUGUUUGGUGGUGCUGCCAAGCGGAGUGCAUGGCGGGGGAGGUCGGGUGCCUUGGGAAGCGGCCUUUCUGUCCCACCCUAGGAGGGCCGAGAGCUGGACUGGGGAGCAGGGCUGCACCUAGGCCUGUGCGCUCUUGCCAUUGACUGGGAGCAACGGGCCUUCACUGCCGGCGUGGUCACAAUGAGAGCCUCUGGGUUUGAGGUGGCCAUGGUGAAGGGGAAAGGGAAGGUGGCCGUCUGUGUGCAUGUGCCGGUGUGCGUGGGGGGAGGGUCUGCCCUGACUUUAUUUAAAUAAAAUAGUUUAUGUAACAG